UCCAAGAAAAUCAUUAGAUGAAAAAUCGACUGAUGAAGGCGACGCAACCACUAGAGAACGACAGAGGUCACGUUUUAUUCUUCUUUCUAAUAUACUUUCUAAUUGUUCUUUCAAUGGCAUUGAGAAAGAUCUUUUGAAUGGUACUGAAAAUCGGAUUCCUUUUUAUUUGCGAUAG